UCGCGCAUGUUUUUACGCCAGGGGUGCUCGUUCUAUCGCUGACAAACCCCCGACUGUGUAUUAUAUCCACAAUGACGAAAGACUGGGAGUCCGUACGUGCGGAGAUUCAAGAUCUCUCGUUUGUGCGGAAAAAGAGGCUGGAAGAGGUGAAGUAUAUCAUGGAGGUCAAGCAUAGUUUCAAAGCUUCGACGCGGGCGUAUCGGAUGAAAUUGGCUGAAUGGGGUAUGACUCGGCACGCGAGAAGCAAACAAUCGACCGAGGAAGGUAGAAAGAGAGUGACCAAGCGACGCCGCAGAACUACUGAGGAUGAGGAGGAAGAAGACGAGGGUAAUGAUCAUGAUCCGACGACUGAUGGGACAUCCGACGGCCCGAGACGCUCGAAUCAAGGUGACGAUGAGUCGAGCCAGAAACACGACGCUUAUUCUCGCGAUAAAGAGAAUUUGGAAACACUAUUACUUGGCCGAGCAACAACUUAUUCAGAGCCAAUAGAAUCUGUCCGUGUAGAAUCGAGUGUUGCUGACACGUCAUGCCGUCCCACGCAGGAGCCGGGCGGCGAAAGCGCUCAUGCAGACCUCGAGUUGUGGAGUACUCGAGAAGCAAGAACAAAUGAAGUUGUAAUGGAUAUGCUAGAUUUAGUGCUGGAAGGCGACUCCCAGAAACUAGAAGCACUUAUUCUGGAACAUCCGGGUCAUCAAAAUCUUCCCAUCGGCAUGCCUUUUGACACUCCAGGCGGAAGAUUUUACAACAGGCUUGCUCUGACUGACACCGUAGUGCUCCAGCAUGAAAACCAAACUCUUCUCGACAUUGCCUGUGGCCUUCCUUCAGGACCAGUGGUAUGGGUUUUGUUGUCUUACCAAGCAAAAGGUUCUACACAUCCUUUCGGGACUGACUUGGCCUUUCAUAAUGCCAUCAAGAAUGGUAGAUCUUACACGGUACAAUCCCUAUUGAUGCCUACACCGAAAAGGUUGAACGGAGAGCCUGGAACCAGAUGGAAGCCAAUCUUGCAAGCCGUAUUCUGGAACCAUCCUAAUGUCGUCCGUUGCUUGAUUGAUAAAGGCGCAGAAAUUAACGUUACCUCCCCCUGCAUCGACGGCGUGGAAAUGAGUUGCAUUCAAUAUUGCCUUGAUCGUCGAUCUAGAGAUUAUGUUCACGAUUCUGACCGCGAUAAUUGCGAAAAGAUAUUGAAGAUGUUGCUUGAUGCUGGGGCAGACCUCGACCCCGCUGCUUCUAACGGGCUGCGCCCUCCAACCUUCGAGAUUUUUAUUAGGCCGUGGCAGAAUGACAACAAUUGGAUUGCCAGACUCAAUCCAGUCGAAAUUGAGUGUUUGAAAUCGUUCGUAAGAAGGGGCGCAAACCUGCAAAUCUAUUUCAAAGGCAUAUCAUGCAGCGCACCAUCGUGUCACACCUUUCAACAUCAAAUUCUGUGGCACUCAACACCCGACUUGGCCCGCUUGAUAGUUGAUCAUGCCAAUCCAACCAUUAAUGGUAAUGGUAAUGGGCUGCUACACGAAAUCGUAGGGAGCUGCCCGGAUGCAAAACGACAUCCUUCAGAGACACUGCGGGAUAUAGAAGUCCUCCUUGGGCGCGGCGCAGAUCCGAACCAAUGCGACAGCUCUGGCCAUGCCCCUCUCAGGCGCUGUCUAGACCUCUGCCCUGCAGUUGAUAUUGUGCCUCGCCUGCGUCUACUCCUUGAUAAUGGCGCCGAUCCUGAACUCAGACAGGCGAAUCGUCUCCCGCCAUUCAUUAUCGCCGCCCGCAAUUUUGAGGAACCCAUUCGCUCCCAGAUCAUGGAGCUUCUCGUUGCCCAUUUUCGCGGUCGCCAACAUCGCACUGUGUAUGACGAAACAUUUAACUGGACACCCAAUUACUUUCCAAUUCCCAGUGCACCCACCUGGGCGCAGGCCCAACAAUAUACCAGUCAGAAUGCCAACUUCAAUGCCAAUCUUUUGAGCAUGAUUCCCGAGGACAUUCGAAUCGUCUUCCAACGUGCCGUAUUCAGCGUAGCCAGUCUGAAUUUCCUGACCACAGCAACUGCUCGAGCUAAAUCGAACUACCCUCUAAGUAUGAGCUCCAAAGAGAAAGACGAGAUCUUCCACGCCGUCAUGCAGCGCCAGAUGGCUCGACUAUCAGAAUACAGCUUCGACGAGGGCUUUGUAAUGGGUCUUCUCAAACCGCAAAUGGCACCUUUACUCCCCAACUUCGACUCAGCCGGUGGCGGCGGCCGUCUACGUCCCCAUCAGGACAACGACAUCAUGCUCCCACACCAUACGCCCAUCAUCUCUUUGGAACCACCAGAUCGUAGCUUUAAUGCCGCUACCUCUGGUUCCCUCCAACCACCCACUGAUUUCCCCACCCCAUCUAUCAUCCCCUCGCCAUCACAAUCAACAGCACCCCCUGAUGCCCCAACACUCCCAGCAAUAGACCCAGAAAUAACCACACACUCCCGCCGCUCAAGCACAUUAUCUACAUCUUCCACAACGUCCUUCGACAUCCCCGAGACCACACAUCUCCGCUGGCCACGCAUAGGCGACCCCUCGCGCCGCGGGGACAUGAAGCGAGCGAAAGACGCUGUGCUGAAUACCACGUGUCCAGACUGCGCGAACGGCAUCUUACUCACCAAAGAUGAAGCAGCGAGGCACGCCGUCGAGCACGAGCAUACUCAUAUGUGUUUGGAUGAGUCCUGUAGAAGACGGUUCUGUGCUAGUGCAAGGGCUUCGGGGUUUGUGGAGUUGGGAAACGGGAGGAAUAACAGUGAUGAGGUUGCGAAGGUGAUUGGUGAUAUGGGGAUGGGGGUGAAUGAGUUUGGGGGGAGAGCCUUCAGGUUCAGUGGUGGUGAUGAUGGUGUGUAG